GUGCUACAUAUAACUGAUAGAAAACCACAUCUGACUUAGACCAGGACUGGGAAACUGAACAUUUUCAGAUAGAAGACUGAACCAACUUUGCUUAGAACUUUUUUCAUUGGUUGACUCAGGUCAGUUUCAACGUUUGACUUUGCCAAAUUCCGAAAUUUUGCGAUCAAGAGACGAGAAAACAACAUGUCUGCAAUGACAUUUGUCUGGCUGUCAGUCUUGCUGGUAUGUGUCCAAGCCAACUGCAAAUGGCAGUUUGGUAAUUCUUGCUAUCAGCUGCUGACAGAAACAAUGACGUUUGAUAAGGCAUUGCAGGCCUGCUCUGCCAUGGGUGGUGGCUUGGUGGUUCCCAACUCCAAGAAUGAGAAUCAGUUCAUAUGGGAGGAGAUCGCAAGCAAUCUCAUGACUGAUGGCAGAGUCUGGAUCGGCUGCAUCGACAAGGACAAACAGGGCAAGUGGAUGUACGCUGCUGAUGCAGGCAAGAGGUGCAAAUUUGAUGGCUGGUCACCAGGAGAGCCAAACGUACCAAUCAUACUGGCCGAAGAAUGCGCACAGAUGUGGGGUUUCCACUCUGGCAAGUGGGUUGAUAUUCAAUGUCGUGAAUUGGCAUCUGUGAUCUGUGAGUAUUACAGCAGUCUCGACGUGACCUGCCGUCAGGCUGAUGCAGACGGCCGUUUUGCUUGA